AUGUGCUACAUACAGGUCAUCCACAUCACGCGCUGCGAGACCCGUCGUCCAGCAAUCAUCAACACUACUACCGGCGAAACAGUCUACCAUCCGCUCGAACCACCUGGGAACUGCGAGCACCACCGGCCAUUUCGCGACGCAACAUGUCCUUACCAUGGCGACUGCUGCUCACCCGGGCAGAUCUUCUUCUGCAAUGCAAAAGAUACGCGGGAUAUAUGUCGUGGAAGGCAGGCCUACCACAUAAAUAUUCAUCCUCACUACAUGUACGAAUCCGGUGUACUACACCAAAUGGAACCCAUUGAGGAUUGGGCGAUCCUCGAGAUGAACACGGAUGUUUUCGCGUACGAGGAGGAUAUUCGGUAUCAGUUCUUUGAAGCCGGCGCGGCGAUGUAUGAGCUUGAGCAGGACGCCGAGAAGCUUGUUGAGUAUAUCCUCCUCAACCAGACAGGCUGUCCCGAGGAAGAGGCAGAUAUGUUCAUUGAACAUGGCGAUCUCUACGAGAUGUGGAGUGAAGCUCAUCAUCAGUUUGUGGGAUUGAUGGAAGCGUGGGAGAUUCUGGCGAAUGUAGGCUGUAUGGAAGUCUGCCCAGCUUCUCUCCUGCGCGUCCAUCCCUGGCGAGAUUGCUUCCAGGAAUGUCAUACGCUACAGAAAGGGUUUCCGCAAUUCAAUUGUAUCCCGUUUGCUUGGGUCGAUAAUCUUGACCGGCAGGAUGAUAUUCUGCGAUGGCAUCCUUAUUACGCCCAGUACCGAGCUCCUCGUCCUGAACCUGCGAAGGAAGACAUUCUUUGGACAUCGCCUACGCCACCUAACACGAGGCCGUAUUCUUCUAAACCCCCUGCUACGUGGGAUCCUGAAGAUCAGGAGAAGAUUGAGGUGCUGCCUUAUCCUGGACAAUGGGCGGACGUGUUUGAUGACAAGGCUCGACGACUGGCUCGGAUUGAAGCUGAGCCUUCUGGGCAACCCAAUUCAUCGCUCUCGUCGAGUUCGGGACCAGAAAUUCCUCCGUGGGUCAUUCCUUAUGGUCAGGAACCGGAUAUGGGAUGGCAGGAUAUUGAUUGGCACAACUGCACUACCAUUAUUGAACCGCCUAUGAGCCCGAAAACUCUUCCUUGCGAGGGAGUGGUCCAGCGGAUAAUGCCUCCCAAGGACAGUUACAUGAGCCCUAGGGACGUGCCUAAAAGUCCGACAGCUCUUCCAUGCAGGGGAGAGGCUGAACAGGCCAUUCCCCCGUGGCAAACUCAACCCAUAUCUAAGGAAGUCAUGCCUAGGAACCUGUUUAGCGAUCAGCACGAGGCUCCAUGGAAUGAUUAUAGCUUCACUGGAACGGAGAAACCGGCAGAGCAGGAGUUUCUCCAUGUCCCUUCACCAGUGGAGGAUCUUCAAACCAUUGCGCCUAAUGCAAAGCAGAGCUUGAAGAGGAAGAGUGAAGAGGAUUUGUAUGGGGAGAUUGAGAGGAAGAGACCGAAGGGGGUGGAGGAACCGGCAGAGCAGGCGUUUCUUCAUGCCCCUUCACCAAUUGGGUAUCUUCAGAUCGCUGCAUGUAGAGCGCUGGAGACACUGAAGAGAAGGAGUGAAGAUGAUUUGGACGGGGAGAAUGAGAGAAAGAAGCCGAGAAUUUGUACUAUUUGA